AUGCAAUUGCGACCCUCUACCUCCCGCUCUUCUAUCACAUCAUGGGUGUUUACAUUCUCGGCUCUCCUCCUGCUAGCAGCACUUCCCAUACAUGCCAUUGAGUUAGAUCUGGAAAGCGAUGAGUCAAUAAAAUCUGCUGCCAAAACCCUCGCAAGAGGGUGUAAAAGCUACUACACUGGCGACAACCCAGGCGAUGUCCCGGGUAACUUGCCCUCUCCUUACUACUGGUGGGAAGCAGGCGCCCUCUUCGGCGCAUUCAUUGACUACUGGUUCUACACUGGUGAUGACACCUACAACGACAUAACCAUGCAGGCGAUGAUCCAUCAAGCGAGCGAGGACCGUGACUUCAUGCCCACCAACCAAACAAAAACGGAGGGGAACGAUGACCAGGCCUUCUGGGCUAUGUCCGCCAUGUCUGCGGCGGAGCGCAACUUCCCCAAUCCCUCGUCCGACCAACCGCAGUGGUUAGCACUGGUGCAGGCUGUGUUCAACUUGCAAGUCGCGCGCUGGGACAAGGGGACCUGUGGAGGUGGGUUGAAAUGGCAGAUCUUCCGGUUUAAUAACGGGUUUAACUACAAGAAUACGAUAUCUAAUGGAUGCUUCUUCAAUAUGGCGGCGCGGCUGGCGACCUAUACGGGCAAUGCGACGUACGCAGAGUGGGCGGAAAUAGCAUGGGACUGGAUGGAGAGCGUGGGCUUUGUGACGGAAAAUUUUCAUUUCUUGGAUGGUGCGGAUGAUACGAAGAAUUGCACCCAAAUCAAUCGCAUUCAGUGGACGUACAAUGCCGGCGUAUGCUUGCUGGGGGCCGCUCAUAUGUUUCAGUUCACCAACAACAGCGACAAGUGGAAAAAGCGCGUUCAGGGCAUAAAAAACGGGUUGGAUGUCUUCUUCUUCAAAGAAACAAACAUCAUGUUCGAAGUCCCCUGGGAACCGAACGGCAAAUGGGAAAAAGACCAACGCUCCUUCAAAGCCUACUUAGCACGGUGGAUGGCCGCAACAACACAGGUAGCCCCCUUCACAGCGGAGCAGUUGAUGCCAAAGUUGCAAGCAUCCGCCCUGGCAGCUGCAAAAGUCUGCACAGGGAGCACGGUGGGGCAACAGUGCCCGCUCAAAUGGACCACGGAAACAUUCGAAGGCGAAACGGGCCUGGGAGAGCAGAUGGCUGCGCUGGAGGUUAUACAAUCGAACUUAAUAUCGAAGACCCCGCCACCGCUGACCAAUCUGACGGGCGGAACAAGCCCAGGGGAUCCCAAUGCUGGCUUGCAGAGGGGCCAUCAGACUCCGGAUAUCGCGACAAGGAAGAUUACGGCGGGGGAUCGCGCUGGUGCGGUGAUUCUGACGGUGCUUCUCAUUCUCGUUUUGUUGGUGUCCCCCUAUUGGCUGCUUUGCGUGUAG